AUGGACCCGCCCCCGGCGUCAGAGGCCAAGGACGACGACAAGGACGAUGUCAGCGACUACGGCGAUGACGAUGGACUUUCUUGGUACGCGUCUGCUGCCGCUGACGCAAAUGCAGAGGAGCCAGCACCAGAGGAGACGGCUGAACAAGAGCAGCCGGAGGAUGCGGCUGUGACAGACCCUUACGUGACGGCCGAGUCCGAUCCCUACGAGGUUUUCGCAGAGGAGGCUGAAGAGGCUCCAGCUGACCUCGUAGACUCUGAGCCCAAAGCAGUGGCUCUUGAAGAGGAUGACACGGGCAAGAGAGCGGCCGAGUCCGAAGAACCGGCCAAGCCACCGCAGCCCUCAGCUGCUCCCGACCUUAGCCGGCCAGCCAAAGUUCAGCGGACAGAGGCUCCGGCCGAGCCGCAGUUGACUCCGCCAGCACCGCUUCCUUUGAAGCAGCUGGCCCAAGUCCUCCAAGUUCCACCUGCUCCGGAGGCCGAGGCAGCAAAGGCCUGGACACCCAGCUGGCUGCAGGAGACCUCCGAAGGAGAUCCAGCUCCCAAAGACCACCUGGCACAGGUUCCAGAACGUGAGUUCAUGGACCAGGACCGCCUUGACCAGGCGCUGUCCUGGGACGAACGCUGUGUCAUCGUGCGCCAGGGGCAGGUGCACAUCGAGCUGCAGCGUCGCAACCCGCCCAUGGACAAUGCUGACCUGCUUCGAUUUUGCGACUGGUUGGAUGAGCAAAUGCCCCUGGUCGUCAACCACUUCCCCUAUGUCAAGAAGAGCGGAGCCUAUGUCGACCUCUCUGAUAACGAGAUCGGCACGGACGGCCUCGACAAACUCUUCCAGGUGCUGCGAGGCCAUCGAGUACCAUGCGUCGUUUUGAAAGCCUACAGAAACUCAAUUGAUGACUCAUUUGUAGACACGCUGGUGGAGUAUCUCUACACCCAGCCCGAGGCUUUCCCGAUGCAUGGUAUCCACAUCUCGCACAAUGACAUCUCCGACAAAGGGGCCUUUCGGUUGAUUCGAGCUGCAGCUCAGUGUGGGCAUUAUCCUCGUCUGACGACGCGAUUGCCACUGUGGCUGCGGCUGGAGGUGAAUGCCCUCAUGAACCCGCAGAAGGUCAUCAAAGAUGCAAAUAACGAGGGCUUCACCGUUUGCCUCAUGCAGGAUGGACUCUGCAGCCGCGAGAAGUGUGACCACUACUCCGGAGUUCAUGUGCAGCUGCCGUACUUUCUGAACCAACCUGCCAAGGGCUUCGCCAAUCUGGAGCAGUUCGGCGCAAGUCAGCGGCGACAGACUUGGGCGCCACCCUACAGCUCCAGCCAGGGCACCCUGGCCCCGAAGGCUGCAUCUCCAGUUGGAAAUUCAGAUGCGGGGACCUUUGGCUCGCCGAUGCUGGGAGUCAAGGUCGCAGCAUCGUGUCGCAUUCUGGCACAUGCAGCGGACAUGGUCAGUUCCACAAAGCUGUCGACCUAUGCCCAAGGGCACAGAGGCCAGCGCGUUGCAAGUCACGAGAUCUUCCCGCGCAUCGCGCAUCUCAGCCAGGGCCCCAGCCGCCAUGCCAUCGCCUGUGGCAGUUCCUUCGGGAUGCAACGGCUCAGGCGGACUCCUCCGCUGCAUGGUCUGUCGCAGAUGAAGGUGUUAUCGAAAGAGAUCCGACUGCCAGCAGCAAUCGUGGCAGCGGCAGAGGAGACGUUCGUGCUGAAAGCCUGCCUCAAUCUGGAUGACGGCGCCCUGAGCUGGGUGAUGAGCCAAAUCCUGGCACAAAAAGGCCCUGUUGUUCAGGAGGCAAUUGGUCAUGAGGAAGAGACACACCCGCAAGAGUCUGUGAGGAGCAGGUCGAAGGGAAUCACGACAUGGUCUUCGGAGGACGGAAGUCUUGGACCAGGCCCCGGCGUCGGCGCCAAGGGAGAUCUGCCUCCGCAGGCUGUCGGGGGCCGAAAGACCAGGAGGAGAAGUUUGCUGGCGCAGAUCGGCAAGGGACAACCUGGUCCGUCACAUUCUUCGCCUGCAAUGGCCAAGAUCUCGGACGUGCUCCGCCCGGUUGUGGAUAGCUUCUGGUUCCAAACCCUCAUUGUGUUCUUCGUCGUCGUUGCGCUUUUUGGUGGCGACCUCGCGACCCUCACAGAUUUGCCUGACGAACCCGGCUUGUUUAUACUCGACCUCAUGAUGUCCAUAGCGACCGUGGUCUUCUGUAUAGAGAUAGCAUUGAAUUGCCUGGCGCGCAUGCACGUCUACCCUCUGUCUUUCUUCUUCGUGAUGGACUUCAUUGGCACCCUUUCUAUGGCAUUUGAGAUCUCCUUCCUGCUUGGCAACCAGGCAGAUAUGCAAACUGUACAAGAUGGCUUCGAUGCCGUCUUGAUGCGUACAGCUCGAGCAGCGAAGAUCGGAGCUCGUAUCGGACGGCUGUCGAAGCUCAUGAAAUACGUGUCUUACCGCUUUACCAACCGCCACGGUUCUUUUUCCAGAGACAAGCCUGCAGAAGCCAAAGUCUUGUCGACAAAAUUGAUGCUGACGUUGUCCACCACAGUGUCAAUGCUCACCAUCGUGCUCGUAUUUACGUUUCCACUCUUCACCAUCGGACUGUACCCGCAGCAGGACCUGUCCAUGAAGACCUGGGCGGAUGAGCUUGAGGACGCAUUCAGUGAAGCGGUGGCCGUCCAGCUCAACUCGCCCGAGAGCUCGCAUUUGUUCCAGGAGAAAGUAUCCAGAAUGAUCACCUUUUACAGCACUGUGGGGUACAAACCCUUCCGACUGGAGGGGUUCGGGGAGGAUGUGGUGCUCGAGAACUCGACGAUGACGGUCCGAGGAGCAUCUUUGGUGACGGGGUCAGUUCCAGUCCGGAUCUCGCACAUCUUCAAAGUCUCCGUAGAGAGUUGCAUGGUCCAGCGUGCUGCUUGCCAGACGGACCCGCUGCCGUCGAUUAUGUUCGACUUCACAAACCCACAGCAGAUUGAGUCGGCCCAAGACAUGGCUCUGAUGUGCUUCAUCAUCGCGCUGAUGCUGAUCGUCUCCUUGAUUCUCAGCCACACUCUCGAUCGAUUGCUUGUGCAACCUAUGGACCGUAUGCUGUACAUGGUAAAGAGCAUGGCCGCAGAUCUCUUAAAGCAGUUCGGUUUGGACGACAACCUCGAGGAAGAAGCAGAACCGAUUGCAGAGACGGCCCUGAUCGAGGAGAUUUUCAAAAAGUUCGCGCGGCUAGCCAAUCUGGCUGCAGUGCGGAACGAGCUCACCGAGGAGGAAAUGGCAGGCAUGGACACUGAUGCGAGGGCCGUCCUCCUCGACGUAAUGCACUUACAGGUCAACAGAGACCUGACAUCGUUGGCUGCUGUGGCCAACGCAUCGGAGCCGUGUUUUGCCAACCUACCGGUCAACGAGUCCGUCUUCUCCUCCUUUGAGUUGGACGUGCUUGAGCUGCCCGUGGAGCAAAACCAGCAAGUGGUUGUGCACAUGUUUUUUGACUCCUUCAUUGGAAGAUCGACUGGCCGCAUACUUGCUCAGCCCGAGACGUUCCACAAAUUUCACUCGGUCGUUUAUUCAAACUACAAUAGCCUCCCCUACCACAACUACUUCCAUGCCGUCGAUGUGACGUAUACUGUGCACAGGCUCAUGGAUAUCAACCGCACAGAUGCUUGGUUGUCAAAUGUUGAGAAGUACGCGCUGCUUCUUGCCGCGCUUUGCCACGAUGUGGGUCACCAGGGAAAGACAAAUCCGUUCCUUGUGGAGACGCAGCAUCAGCUCGCACGAGUAUACAACGACAAGUCUCCUCUUGAGAACAUGCAUGCUGCCAAGCUCUUCGAAAUUGCAAGCAACGAGGACACGGACGUCUUCAAGCGGCUGGACAAGGAUGCGCGGAAGACCGCGCGCAAGGUCUGCAUAGCAGCCAUCCUUCACACGGACAACGCUGAGCAUUUCGAGAUGGUGAGGGAAGUGAGCAAGAUAUAUGAGCUUACCUCGGACUUGUGCGACGGACAGGCGGCACAGCUUGACCAGUUGGACAUGAAUUAUGUGGAACAGGUGCUGUCGAAGAACUCCAUGUUCUUCAUGGAGGUGUUCCUACACUUUGCAGAUGUGUCAAAUCCCCUCAAGCCCUUCAAGAUGUGCCAUGCCUGGGCAUGGCGCGUUCUGGAAGAGUUCUUCAACCAGGGCGACACUGAAAAGGAGCUUGGCUUACCUGUAGGCAUGCUGAAUGAUAGGGACAAGAUAAAUCGUCCUGGCUCUCAACAUGGCUUCAUCAACUUCAUGGUCGCCCCAUUUGUCUUGCACACUGUGAAAGUGUUCCCUGGCCUCCAUUCAGUCUACACUCAAAUGGGGGAAAACCUCGAGCAAUGGCGACACAUGUGGGUUGCUGAAGUGAAGCCAAGCGAGGAGGAGAUCGCAAAGAAAGAUGCUGAUGUGCAGAAGAUCAAGGACACGGCUUUGGAGCUUCGAAAGAGGACAAUGCCAUAG